CCGCAUAAAAUUAAACUGACCUUCACCCGAAUAUAAACAAGUGACAACAUGGCCUCCGUCGGUCGUUUUGCAGCAAGACUGCUAAGAAAUUCUGCAGUACUACGACAGAGCAGACAAUGGCAGCAGACGGCCUUGUGCAGCGUUGUGGCAGGGACCGCGCAGCACACGCUGAGCGUCCGAAAACGUAUCGAGGACAUGAAAAAAGCUGCACUUUUAGGAGGGGGUCAGAAGAGGAUUGAUAAACAGCAUGAGAAGGGUAAGCUGACAGCAAGGGAGAGAAUUCAGCUUCUUUUGGACCAAGGCUCAUUUGUAGAAUAUGACAUGUACUUGGAGCAUGAUUGCACUGACUUCGGAAUGGAAAAGGAGAAGUACCCUGGUGAUAGUGUAGUCACAGGCAGAGGAACGAUCAAUGGGAGAGUGUGCUUUGUUUUCUCACAGGAUUUCACAGUUUUUGGCGGUAGUUUGUCUGGGGCCCAUGCCAAGAAGAUUUGCAAGAUUAUGGACCAGGCCAUGUUAGUUGGAGCUCCUGUGAUUGGACUGAAUGAUUCAGGCGGGGCCAGAAUUCAGGAGGGGGUAGAAUCUCUUGCUGGCUAUGCAGAUAUCUUCCAGAGGAAUGUCAAUGCCUCAGGUGUAAUUCCACAGAUUUCCCUAAUCAUGGGUCCCUGUGCAGGAGGAGCUGUGUAUUCUCCAGCCCUGACAGAUUUUACUUUUAUGGUUAAAGAUACAUCAUACCUGUUCAUCACUGGUCCAGAUGUAGUAAAGUCUGUUACCGGGGAAACUGUCACUCAAGAGGAGCUUGGUGGAGCCAAAACUCACACAGUAACCUCAGGUGUGGCUCAUGGAGCAUUUGAGAAUGAUGUUGAGACCCUACUGCAAGUCCGGGACUUUUUUAAUUUUUUGCCCCUCAGUAAUCAGGACCCCUCUCCCAUCAGGGACUGCAGUGACCCUUGGGAUAGAGAGGUUGCAGGAUUAGACACAGUUGUUCCCCUUGAAACAACAGCGGCGUAUGACAUCAAAGAUGUUAUUACUGGGGUAGCCGAUGAUUCAGAGUUCUUUGAAAUUAUGCCUAUGUAUGCCAAGAACAUUGUUGUUGGGUUUGCUAGAAUGAAUGGCAGAACAGUUGGUAUGGUGGGGAAUCAGCCAAAAGUUGCUGCAGGUUGUUUAGAUAUUAAUGCCUCAGUGAAGGGUGCUCGAUUUGUCAGAUUCUGUGAUGCAUUCAAUAUUCCUUUGGUGACAUUUGUGGACGUGCCAGGAUUUUUACCAGGUAUUGGACAGGAGUAUGGAGGAAUUAUAAGACAUGGAGCCAAGCUUUUAUUUGCCUAUGCUGAGGCCACUGUUCCUAAGAUCACAGUUAUUACUCGAAAGGCUUAUGGUGGAGCCUAUGAUGUGAUGAGCUCUAAACAUCUUAGGGGUGAUACAAACUAUGCCUGGCCAACAGCAGAAGUAGCGGUCAUGGGGGCAAAGGGAGCUGUCUCGAUCAUUUUCCGAGGUAAAGACCAGGAGAAGAAUGAGGCGGAGUAUGUGGAGAAGUUUGCCAAUCCUUUCCCAGCCUCCAAAAGAGGUUUUGUGGAUGACAUCAUUGAGCCCCGUUCCACAAGGAGACAGGUUUGUUUGGACCUUGAUAUGUUAGCCAGUAAAAAGCUGGCCAAUCCAUGGAAAAAACAUGCCAACAUGCCACUCUAACCACGGGGCCUCUUAAAGUUAACUCGUGUUUUACUGCCGCGAUGCAUAAUCAUUAUGUCCAGUGCUAUAGACACCAUAAGCUUUCUGCUUGACAUUAGAACUUAUUUAUGCAUUUAGCAGGAUCUUUAAAUAAGGAUUGAAAACCUGUGUAACUGUGAAAUAUUUGUGAUAAUGUGUUUAGAUGUUGGCAUUAUUAAUGAUGAUUGUUGUGUGACACUAUGGAAAGAGUUGCUCUCUGUGAAUGACUUGAAUUUUCAAUUGGACUGAUAUUUACAAAAGAAACUAUAAAUAAGUACUUUUAGCCUCGUUUGUCAUUGUUUCCUGCAUUACAGUGUAUAUGUAAAGUCCUUGAAUGUAAAACUUACCUUUACAGCAUCAAGAAAUACAUAAAAAAGAAAAUUUUGGUUAAUGAGAUCAAAAAUAAUAUAUUUUGCCAAGUAUUGUAGUGUACAUGUACAUGAUAUGGAAUAUAACAAAGCUAAUUGUUAUACCUUUAAGAAUUGUUUCCUAUAUAAAUCUAUUCUAGAAAA